UUCAUCGUGUACCCAAAAAAAAAAAACUAUAUAUAUUUUUUUUUCUUUGAAUUAUCAUUUUUUGUUAAUUUUUUUAUAUUUAUUGAACAUAUGAAUUGUGAGGGAGAUCUCUGAUUCUUGCGCGGUUGUGCUCUGAAAUGAGACCAGAUGAAUCGCGGGAAAGUUUUGUGGGGUCCAAUGAAGAUUCUGUGCGUCCUGUUGAUUUUUAGGUGGAUUUGGGAUUAAACCCACUUUACCAACCACUCCGAUACUGAAUUUCACUCUAGUGGCUGAUAGUUGCCGAGGGAAAUUGCUGAAUUUUGGUUGGGUUUUUGGUUUGGGAAUUCUCGACUUUAAGAUUGACUUCUCAGGUCUUUGAAGUGAUUUGUGGAGGGGAUUUCUUUCCGGGAGUGGCCAAUGACCCAUUCAUGAUGAGUGGGAUUGGGCGGGUUGUUUUCGAUGGGCACCCCCGAUAAAACGCUGUCUGAGCUAGUUGGUAUAGUGAGGUCCUGGAUCCCUCGAAGGUCCGAGCCGGCGAAUGUUUCCAGGGACUUUUGGAUGCCCGAUCAGAGCUGCCGGGUAUGCUACGAGUGUGACUCUCAGUUCACAGUAUUUAACCGCAGGCAUCAUUGUCGACUCUGUGGCCGAGUUUUCUGCGCCAAGUGUACCGCGAACUCUAUUCCCGCUCUGUCAAAUGAGCCCAGGAGUCCCAGGACUGGACGCGAAGAUUGCGAGAGGAUCAGGGUCUGUAGUUAUUGCUACAGGCAGUGGGAGCAGGGGAUAGCAACGGCCGAUAAUGGGGCUGGUGCACAACCGAGCGGUACCAGCCCUGGGCUUAGUCCAUCGCCAUCAGCAACAAGCUUGGCCAGCACACAGUCCAGCUGCACCUGCCAAAGUAGCAGUAGCACUGUUGGUUCCAUGCCUUACUCGACUGGUCCUUACCAGCAUGUUCCAUCUAGUUCUAGUUUUAGCCCUCAUCAAUCCGCCCAAAUGGAUUCGGUUACGUCUCAGGAAGGGAACAUAGCAUCUCAGAGGAAUACAAAUCUUAACGCGGUCAUGGAGGAUUCACCGCCCAAACAAUACAGCUUUUGCAGUAAUAGGAGUGAUGAUGAGGAUGAUGAUUAUGGUCUUUAUCAUUCAGAUUCAGAAACAAGACAUUUUUCCCAAGCUGAUGGCUAUUAUGGUGCAAUUAGUAUUGAUGAGAUUGGUCAGGUCUAUAGGCCACAUAAUGUGCAUCCUAACGAAGAUAACAUUGACAAUAAAAGUUUGAGUUUCUCAGCCAUACCUGAGAAUAAUGAUUUACAUGGUGAAGCGGAAACUGCAAAAGUUGGGAAACAAGAUGAACGGGACAAUCAUGAUGAACGUGAAGCUCCUUCAUUUGAUGUGGAGAGCACGAAUGUUGAGCCUGUAGAUUUUGAGAGCAAUGAACUGCUUUGGAUCCCUCCAGAGCCGGAGGAUGAAGAGGAUGACAGAGAAGCUGUCUUAUUAGAUGAUGAUGAGGAGGAGAGUGGUGCUACUGGUGAGUGGGGGUAUUUACGCUCUUCAAACAGCUUUGGAAGUGGGGAGUAUCGUAAUAGGGAGAAGACUAGUGAGGAGCACAGGAAUGCCAUGAAAAAUGUGGUGGAGGGGCAUUUUAGGGCUUUGGUGACUCAGCUUUUGCAGGUUGAGAACCUACCUGUAGGUGAUGAUGAUGACAAAGAGAGUUGGUUGGAGAUAGUGACAUCUUUGUCAUGGGAAGCUGCCUCUCUUCUUAAGCCAGAUAUGAGCAAAGGCGGAGGGAUGGAUCCUGGGGGAUAUGUGAAGGUUAAAUGCAUAGCUUGCGGGCGUCGCAGUGAGAGUAUGGCGGUUAAAGGAGUUGUUUGUAAGAAAAAUGUGGCUCAUCGGCGAAUGACAACAAGGGUAAAUAAACCGCGCUUUCUUAUUCUUGGAGGAGCUUUGGAGUAUCAGCGCAUUUCUAACCUCUUGUCCAGUUUUGAUACGUUGUUGCAGCAGGAAAUGGACCAUUUGAAGAUGGCAGUUGCUAAGAUUGAUGCUCAUCACCCUGAUGUUCUUUUGGUAGAGAAGUCAGUGUCUCGGUAUGCCCAAGAGUAUCUUCUUGCCAAGAACAUAUCACUUGUUUUGAAUAUUAAGAGGCCACUUUUAGAGCGCAUAGCCCGGUGCACGGGGGCACAUAUAGUCUCUUCCAUUGAUCAUCUCACAUCACCAAAAUUGGGCCAUUGUGAUAUGUUCCAUGUAGAGAAAUUACUUGAAGAGCAUGGCAGUGCAGGCCAAGGUGGGAAGAAGUUAAUGAAGAAUCUAAUGUUCUUCGAGGGGUGCCCAAAACCAUUGGGUUGUACGAUUCUGCUUAAAGGUGCUAGUGGAGACGAGUUAAAGAAGGUGAAACAUGUUGUUCAAUAUGGAGUUUUUGCGGCUUAUCACUUGGCUUUGGAGACAUCAUUUCUGGCUGACGAAGGAGCUACACUUCCAGAACUCCCUCUGAGGUCUCCAAUAAAUGUUGCAUUACCUGAUAAGCCAUCAAGUCUUGGCAGGUCCAUUUCCAUCGUAGCUGGUUAUAGUAUCCCCGCUACUGCGAAAGUUCUGGGUACUGAAGUUGCCAGUGAAACAGAGAAAUCCAACAAAGGCACCAUUUUACAGGGGGACUUAUCUAGCAACUGUAACCCGAUUUUGAAAUUGGAAGUAGAGGAUUCCACUUGCCCUGUAGCUCUUCAUCAUUCCCCAAAAUCAAGAGUAUCUACUGCUUCCUUGUGCCCUUUGGAACAAGAUAACUCAGCUUGCUCCAAUAAUCAACUUUUCCCUGUUGGUGUCUCGGAGAAUACAAAUACUUUGGGUCCUGAAUAUCCUUUUCAGGGUAAAACAUCCAACACUGGAGAAUCUAUGGAGAAUCGUAGCUUAUUUUCUAAUUCUUUCGACACGUCAGAGCUUAAUGGACCAGGUAAUAGCACUAGUUAUGCAGAAAGCAAUACAUUGGUUGCAAAUCACCAAGGGUCCCUUAAGCUGGCAUCUAUUGGACAAAAGAAAAAUGAUCACAAUGAGGGGUUCGAACCUUUCAAGGAAGAGUUUCCUCCCUCUCCUUCAGACCAUCAAAGUAUUUUGGUCUCAUUAUCUACACGCUGUGUGUGGAAAGGAACUGUGUGCGAGCGAUCCCAUCUUUUUCGAAUCAAAUACUAUGGGAACUUUGAUAAACCUUUGGGACGUUUUUUACGUGAUCACCUGUUUGAUGAGAGUUAUCACUGUCGUACGUGUGGUAUGCCAUCAGAAGCACAUGUUCAUUGUUAUACUCACAGACAAGGGAGCCUCACAAUAUCUGUUAAGAAACUUUCGGAGUGUCUCUUACCAGGGGAAAAGGAAGGUAAAAUCUGGAUGUGGCACCGGUGUUUAAGGUGUCCUCGAACCAAUGGCUUCCCUCCAGCCACUCGAAGAGUAGUGAUGUCUAAUGCUGCAUGGGGUUUGUCUUUUGGAAAAUUUCUGGAGCUAAGCUUUUCAAAUCAUGCAGCAGCCAGCAGGGUUGCCAGCUGUGGUCAUUCCCUUCACAGAGAUUGUCUCCGGUUUUAUGGCUUUGGAAGAAUGGUUGCUUGCUUUCGCUACGCAUCAAUUAAUUUGUACUCUGUUUAUCUGCCACUACCCAAACUAGAAUUUUACAAUGCUGAUCAGGAGUGGAUACAAAAAGAAGCAAAUGAGGUGCGUAAACUGGCAGAGCUCCUGUUUACUGAGGUGCAGAAUGCUCUUCAUCAGAUUUCACAGAAGAUGUUACCUGUCGGUACACAAGAUGCUGCCAUGAGAGCACUUGAAUCAAGGCAGCAAAAUGUAGAACUUGAGGGAAUGCUACAAAAGGAGAAAGAGGAGUUUGAGGAAUCAUUACAAAAAGCAUGGUUCAGGGAAGUAAAAGCAGGCCAACCUGCAAUGGAUAUUCUUGAAAUAAAUAAAUUGCGGAGACAGAUACUAUUCCAUUCGUAUGUUUGGGACCAACGUUUGAUACAUGCAGCCAGUUUGAAUAGCAACAAUGUACAGGAAAUCUUGAGCAGUCCCACCCCGAAACUUAAGGAGAAAACCGUCGGUUUUGUGGAGAAGAUUACUGAGAUGGAUGCAACCACAAAGCCAGUUAAAGGCUCUAGUAGUUGUGAUUCUUUUCUUUUAGAAACAAAGCCGGAUAUUAUUCUUAAUCAACAAGGGAAUGCUGGACAAGUUUUACAGUCAGGUGGACCUCAGAGCGGAAAUGAAACUGGCCUGGACCAGAGUAAUAGGAAUGAAGAUGAGGUAUGUCUUUCUUCUGGUGCAAAUGUCAAUGAAAAAUCUGAUCCUCUGGAAUCUGCAAAGUUAUUAAGGACGGCCCAUUCGGAUGGGGAGUAUCCAAUAGUGGCAGAUCUAUCUGAUACCCUUGAUGCUGCAUGGACUGGUGAAUACCCAACAAGUAUAACACCUAAAGAGGAUGGCUAUUCUUCUGCUGAUUCGACUGUAGUAAAUACAGUCUCAACAAGUCAAAAACUGGAAAAUUCUACUUCCGACCAAGGUAAGAUUGAGGCAACUCGUUCUGUUGGGUCUUCCAUAUCUUUUAAGAGUCUCGACAAUGUAGAAAGCUCCACAAGCUUGGCAAGCAUGCCUUUUUCGAACUUCAAUAAUUCAGUCAACAAGAAUUUGUCUUUGGGUUCUCAAAAGCUUUGCAGUGGCGAUUACAAUCCUGUCUAUGUUUUACUCUUUCGAGAAUUGGAACGGCAAAGUGGUGCCAGGCUGCUUCUGCCUGUUGGUAUUAAUGACACUGUUGUCCCUGUUUAUGAUGAUGAACCCACUAGUAUUAUAGCAUAUACACUUGUUUCGUCAGAUUAUCAUUUGCAGAUGUCUGAAUCUGAGAAGCCAAAAGAUGCUGGAGAUGCUUCAGUAUCUUUACCACUUCUUGAUUCACUUAAUCUGCUCUCACUUAACUCUUUUGAUGAGUCAGUUGCUGAUACCUACAGAAGUUUAGGUUCUGGUGAUGAAAGCAUAUUAUCCAGUUCUGGAUCACGCAGCUCUCAAUCUGUGGACCCACUUCUCUAUUCAAAAGACUUGCAUGCUAGAAUUUCUUUUACAGAUGAUGGCCCCCUUGGGAAGGUGAAGUAUACAGUGACUUGUUACUGCGCAAAGCGCUUUGAGGCUCUAAGGAGGAUAUGUUGUCCGUCUGAAUUAGAUUUUGUACGAUCACUUAGCCGCUGUAAGAAGUGGGGCGCCCAGGGUGGCAAAAGCAAUGUUUUCUUUGCAAAAACUUUGGAUGAUCGAUUUAUUAUAAAGCAGGUUACAAAGACAGAGCUGGAGUCUUUUAUCAAGUUUGGACCUGCUUAUUUCAAGUAUUUGUCCGAGUCAAUCAGUACCGGGAGUCCAACUUGUUUGGCAAAGAUUCUUGGUAUUUAUCAGGUUUCGUCAAAGCAUGUUAAGGGGGGGAAAGAAUCCAAGAUGGAUGUUUUGGUGAUGGAGAAUCUUUUGUUCAGGCGUAAUGUUACCCGGCUGUAUGAUCUUAAAGGGUCUUCUCGAUCACGAUAUAACCCAGAUACAAGCGGUAGCAACAAGGUUCUGCUGGAUCAGAACCUGAUUGAAGCAAUGCCAACUUCGCCAAUUUUCGUAGGGAACAAGGCAAAGCGGCUGCUAGAGAGAGCUGUGUGGAAUGAUACGUCAUUCCUUGCUUCAAUUGACGUGAUGGACUACUCACUACUAGUUGGCGUGGACGAGGAAAAACACGAGCUGGUUCUUGGGAUCAUUGAUUUUAUGAGACAAUAUACAUGGGACAAACACCUUGAAACUUGGGUGAAGACGUCGGGCUUCCUCGGUGGACAAAAGAAUACAUCUCCGACGGUGAUUUCACCUGAGCAGUACAAGAAACGAUUCAGGAAAGCGAUGACAGCCUAUUUUCUUAUGGUGCCAGAUCAGUGGUUCCCCCCAACGAUUGUUCCAAGUGGGUCCCAAUCUGAUCUUUGUCAAGAAAACGUGCAAGGUGGGACUUGUGAUAUUAAUAAGGUCGAACCGCUUUGCGUGUACAUGAAGAUGUAAGUUCAAAAUCAUUUACAUUUGAAUAAUUUAAAAAAUCAGCCCCCCUUUUUCUUUUUCUUUUUCUUUUUCUUUUUUGUGUAUUCUCUAGGUAUAUCCAUGUAUUGAUUCUUUUUUCUUGUUUUCCCCCUUUUUUUGGGUCAUAGGAAAGAGGGAAGAUGCCAGGAAUUUUUUCUGUAGGAGUAUAGUGCUGGACAUCUUCCCAGAGUAACUGUAUUAUAAACUAUCGUUUUGGGAGCAUAGUUUAUUUCCCCUUUGUGUUCUUCAUCAGUAAUAAACUUUACAAAUCCUAAA